CCAUUCACAACUUCGCCGGGGAUGACGUCCCUCUGUAAACUCCAAAGGAGAGUAUGGUUUUUGCACUAUAUCCUCAUACAGAUAAGAAGUUCCGUUUAUUGAGUUGAUUUUUGGGGAGUUUAGAAGUUCCGAUUGUAUGAAAUGCGAGUGAAUAUCUUUGUUGACAUUGACAACACCUUUACGCUUAAUCAUAUUUCGUUUUGUAUCUUCUUGCUAAAGACUAUUUUUGUAAGAGGUUGCAUGGUCUUAAAGCUAGUAGACCGUGUCAGCAUGGAAAUGCUAACUUUCGUGAUUCGCAUGUAUGGUCGGCAUUUAAUGUAGCCUACAUAGUUACGUGUACAUGUACUAGAACAUAAGAUUUUAGAGACUCUAAUGGUCUCCUCUUUUUUAAAUGCACAUUUUGUAUAUAUUUAUUUAUGAUUGCUUAUUUUGAAUAGGCGCGAACCAAGCAAAGACAAAACAAUAAAUUGGCAUUUCAAAGCAAACCUGUGGCCAAUUAUAGUUUUUCAUACCGCUAUUUCAGUGCACAAAAAUACGCCACUUUAAACUGCGUUCGGUUAAGGAAGAAAUGCGUAAUUUAAACCACCCAUACUUAACGAACUUCAUCGCUUUCCGUAAGAGCUCUUUCCGUUUCGCGUCAUGUUUUCAUGUACACUCCUGGAAAUAACUUCAUAGUCACAUAGCGUACAUGUCAGUUAUUCUUAAAUGGAUUUGGCCACGGACUACACUGCAGGGCUUGUGGCCCGUGAACGAAGUGGCCACACGGCUUUAGUGGAAGGAGGUUUUCUUUACGUUUGGGGGGGUUAUGUGUCAAUUGGUGAUGACGAAGUUUUCCUACCCAAUGAUGAAAUCUGGCUCUAUGACAUAGAGAGUGGUGUAUGGGAGACUCAUGUGAUGCGAGGGGAAGUCCCUCCCCCAAUGUCUGGGAUGUGUGGCAGCUGUCUGAAUGGAGAGAUGUACAUCUUUGGAGGCUGCAAUGAAGAUGGCCACACCAAUCAGCUUUACAAAGUGAAUGUCUUGGAUGGGGAAUAUACCUGGAAGAAAGUGAACAGCAGAGGUUCCCCACCCACCCCAAGAGAUAAGCAAUCUUGCUGGGUGUACAAAGGCAGGCUCAUCUACUUUGGCGGGUACGGUCACAAGCACCUCAGACAGCUGGACAAUUCCAGGAGUUUUGUUAUGGAUGAGGCAUUAUGGGUAGAAGAGGUCUUUUGGGGGUGGAACAAUGAAGUCCAUGUAUUUAACCCAAGCACAGCCUCCUGGAGUGACCCUCAUACUCAUGGUGUUGCUCCAGCCCCCAGGGCUGCCCACGCAGGUGCUACACUGGGCAGUAGAGGGUACGUGUGUGGGGGCAGAGUGAUGGAGGCCAGGAUGAGUGACAUUCACUGUCUGGACCUGGAAUCUUGGACAUGGACUGAAGUACCCAUGUCUCCGAUACCUAGGGGGCGCUCAUGGCACACGCUCACUGCAGUUUCGGACAGCGCCUUAUUUUUAUUCGGUGGAAUCAGCAUUGACUGUGCUCCGCUGAGUGAUGGCUGGAUAUUCGAUAUCGAGACAAAGUUGUGGAGAGAGCUGGAGCAUCCACACAAGGACAAGCCAAGGUUGUGGCACACAGCAAGUCUAGGAAGGGACUCUGAUGUCAUUGUGUUUGGGGGAAGUCGGGAUGACAUUUUAUUGGUGGAUAAAGGUCACUGCAAUGACGCACUUGUUUUCCAGACCCAACCAUACACCCUCCUCAGGUCAUGUGAAGAUUACAUCGGGAGGAAUCCGGAGGUGCUACAGGACCAGUUGUUGUGGUUACCACGAAAGCUAAAGCAAUCAAUACUAAAAAGGAUUUCUUUUUUCAAGCAAACUGCUAAAUCUCAGGAAAUAAGACAUGGCAGCAUAUGGACAAGCCUGCAAAGAUUGCAAUAAUUUAAUGGUAUAUGAUCAUGUCAGGUGUUUGUCAUUAUAUACAAUGUAAUUGCUGCUGAAUUUAUAUGAGUACAUCGUCCAGAAGAUCUAUGUUUUUACUACAUAAAACCAUUAUUUCAUGUUUGCUUAACUGUAAAAUCCAGCUAUGACCAGCUUGAAAUACCAGCUAGCAGCUGUUUCAAAUCAUAGCUUGAGCUGGUCAAACCAUGUUGAGUAUGGAGCUGGUCUAACUGGUCAGCCAGCUGUAAUUCAAAACCUAAGUUGAGCUAUUUUUUUCAGCUGGGUAAAAACAUAUUCUGUCGGUUAUGUAAAAAGAGAUUUUGUUUUCUAAUUUUACCAAAGUUUAACGUGCAAGAUACGUAGUUAUGAAGUACAACAACAGUACAACAAAUCAAAUA